AUGGCUACAAUCAAUGAAUCAUCAGGAUUCUGGGAAUACUGGCAAGAGCUGUUCAAGAGCAAAGGACCUGAGGCACAAUGCUUCAUGAUCACCUUCUACGAAGGCAAGAAUUUCCAGGGGCGGCUCUAUGAGUCUGACAGAGACAGUUUGGAUUUCCACAGUGACUUGAGCCAUUGCAAUUUCAUCUGUGUGGAGUGGGAUGCCUGGGCUGUUUAUGAGCAGCCAAACUUCUCAGGGAACAUAUAUAUGCUGACUCAUGGGGAGUAUCCUGAAUAUCAGUACUGGAUGGGCCUAAAUGACCGUAUCAGCUCAUGCAAAUCUAUUCAAUUAUCCAGUGGAGGCAAAUACCAGAUCCAGCUCUUUGAGAAGGGUGACUUUAGUGGCCAGAUGCAUGAAUCCACAGAAGACUGCCCUUCCGUCAUGGAUCAGUUUCAUCUCUGGGAAAUCCACUUCUGCAAAGUCCUGGAUGGGGCCUGGGUUUUCUACGAACAUCCCAAUUUCUGUGGGAGGCACUAUCUUCUGGAGAGAGGGGAGUACAGUAAACCUGUCGAGUGGGGGUUGGUGUCCCCAGUGGUCCAGUCUUUCCGCCGUAUUGCAGAGUAA